GCCUGGGGCAAAGAUGUGCGGAGUUGGGAUGGGGGUGUGUGGGCGGGGGCAAGGGAGGGCUGGUCCUGGAGCGUGGAAAAUGGGAUCUCUGCCCCGAUCUCCCUCCAACUCUGUGCCUAGCCCUCAGCUGCGCUUCGGAAUCCCCCGGGCGCCGGAGGCAGCCUCCACCCCAGCUUGACAGCUACUGGGACUGAGAGGUGGACCCUGCCCCCAUCCAAGUGGAGAAUGGGUGUGACCCUCUUUCCCCCUCCCCCGGGUGACCGGAAGGCUGUUCCUACCCCAAGAUUGCUGGAGAGACAUGAAUAAAAACAAGGGCCAGCGAUCAGUGGUGCUAGGGGCCCUGUUUGCGCUCAUCACCCUCCUCAUCCUCUACAGCUCCAACAGCGUCAAUGACGUCUUUCCCUACGGCUCCCUGCGAGGCCGCUUCCACCGGCCGCCCAACCUGAAGAAGUGGGCCAUUGCUGACAGCUAUGUCCCAGUCCUUGGCAACAAGACACUGACCUCCCACUGUCACCAGUGUGUGAUCAUCACCAGCUCGAGCCACCUUCUGGGGACGAAGCUGGGGCCAGAGAUCGAGCGGGCAGAGUGCACCAUACGCAUGAACGAUGCGCCCACCACAGGCUACGAGGGGGACGUGGGGAGCAAGACCACCUUUCGGGUUGUGGCCCACUCCAGCGUGUACCGGGUUCUGCGGAGGCCCCAAGAGUUCGUCAAUAAGACCCCGGAGACCGUGUUCAUCUUCUGGGGACCUCCCAGCAAAAUGCAGAAGCCCAACGGCAGCCUGCUGCGCGUCAUCCAGCGCGUGGGGCUCGCCUUCCCCAACAUGGCCGCCUACGCCGUCUCGCCCGCCCGCAUGCGUCAGUUCGAUGACCUCUUCCGCGGCGAGACGGGCAAGGACAGGGAGAAGUCUCGAUCCUGGCUGAGCACAGGCUGGUUCACCAUGGUCAUUGCCGUGGAGCUCUGCGACCGGGUCCACGUCUAUGGGAUGGUGCCGCCCAACUACUGCAGCCAGCGGCCCCAGCCUCACCGGAUGCCCUACCACUACUACGAGCCCAAGGGGCCUGACGAGUGCGUCACUUAUAUCCAGAAUGAGCGCAGCCGCAAGGGGAAUCACCACCGCUUCAUCACUGAAAAGAGGGUUUUCUCCUCUUGGUCUAGGGCCUACAACAUUACCUUCUCCCAUCCUUCCUGGACAUAAGGGUAUCUCCUGGACAAUCAGGGCUCAGAGAGUAGGUUCCCAGACAAUCAGGGUAUAGAGGGUAGUCCUGGGCACUUGGGACUCAGGAGAAUUCUGCGGGCCAAUCUAUAUCUCAACUAGUUGGUCUUAGAGCUUCUUCAGUUAUUCAAGGCCUGGAGGACAGGACAGGAUCUCCAGGUUAUUUGGCAACUUUGAGGGUACUUUUUGGCCAUUCAGGGUCUCGGAGGCAUAUCUUAGCUAAACAGGGUCUGGUGUACUUUUCCUAAUGAAUCAGGGUCUUGGGGUGUCCUUCGGCCAACCUGGGCUGUGAUCCCAUUUCUGGGUAAAUUAGAAACAAGGACAUGACCUUCCCCAUGAGGCCUUAGUUCUGAUUUCUUUGGCCCCAAGGUGUUUUUUUUUUUUUUUCUAAAGAGAUACCAGAAAUCAAAACAAAACAAAACAAAAAACUCCCAGUUUUUCUUUCCAGUUGACUUUAGAGGAAGUCCUGGGCCUAGAGACAAUGGGGGCUUGGACCAAGGGCUGAGAGAGGAGACACACAACAUGCCCUUUGCCACAGACAAACCACUUUCAGUGGUCUCGGUGCCCCUGGCCCGGCUCUCUCAGCAAGUCCUCUAAGUGAAGCAGAAUGUAGCUUCCCUUCUUUCUGGGAGCCGGGUCCAUUCUGUGGUAGCCCGGGGAGGAGAGAGCCAAGGACAUUCCUUAGCAUUUCUGUGGCCCUGUGCAUUCCAGGGGCCUUUUUCUUUACUCCAGAGAACUUUGAAGUGCUUGCUUCUCCCCAUCCCCUGGCACUGGAAAUGGGAAGAAAAAAGGAGAGAGGAAGUGAUUUGAUGCUAUGGGGGAUCCCUGGACUGAGGCCCUGGGUUCUAGUCUCAACUCUGCUGCUAAUUCACCCACCGGACUUUGGGCAAGUGACGCUCCCUCUAUAGACUCUGAAGGGUUUGGACUCAGUGAUCGCUGAGGUCUCUUCCAGUCCAGACAUUUUAGGGUUCUAUUUCUGACCCUGUGCCCUUUAUUUUCCCUCUCAGUUCCCUCUUUAGUUCCCAUUCUGUUUCUGGUUCUGGGUAGGCAUGGGUUGGGAACCAAGGACUAAAGAACUCGGCUCUAUCAGGAUAGGCAAAGACCUUUCCCAAACCCCUGCUCCCCUGUCUUGCCAAUACCUCUUUCUUCCCAAGGCUGUGAUUGGCAGGGAAGGGGGGGGAAUACCCCACUCUUGAGUGGGUGAACAUCCACCUAGAUUCCUCCCUGCCCUCCUCCCUCCUCCCUGCCUCCUUCCAGCUGCUAAUCUCCUUGGAAAUUAAAUCGACAGUGCCUCAUUUCCUCUUCUCCAUUUGUUCCCGUCCCUCCUCCCCAAUCCCACGAUGUCUCAGUCUUGCCUCAGUGAGUCCCCUCCCACCUGCUGAGUGAUUUUCCACUAGUUUAGAAAGGAAUGUAUGGCUGCAGGCUCUACCUUUAGGCCCAGAAAAAGGAAAUGGUCAUUCUACCUGCAAUUGGAAUUUAGAUGUGCAUCCCUUUUGUGUGGAGGGGUUAAAAGCCCUAGUAACCAAAAAGCAAACCAGCUGCUCGGGUCGCAGAUGAGGACUUGGGUUCCAGGCUUCCUCCCACCUGGCCUGUCACUAAAUUACUGGCUCUGUUUUCCCCCAGGAGCAGCUGGUGGGAUAGAGUGGGGGUCCCUAGCUACUCAGUAUGCCAUCUUGUUCCUCAGCAUCCCAGGUGAGGGACGGAGCUGUGAGGAAGCAUUCCAGGGUGAGUCUUUAUGGGGGUGCCAUGGAGAACCCAGCAGGUUGAGACCAGAGGCUACGUGGUGUUUGGGGCAGGGAGUGUGCAUUCUGUUCUCGUGUCAGCACGAGCUCCCCUCACCAUCGCCCCUCCCCCCCCCAGCCCUGAAAAGUGGUUUUGUAAUGGUUUGUAUAGGAAUAAAUAUUAUUCAGCUCUCACUGUC